GAAAGACAUGCUCUCAUCCUGAACUCUUUGGAAAGAAUGGGUUAAUGGGGGUGUUGAUCUGGUGUCCCAAAUUAAAAAUCGUGACACAGUGCAGUCCUAGCGCAUUGAACUAACUGUACGCCGUGUACACACACUGCAAAGUGGUGGUGUCUUAAAACGUCACUAUGCCUGAGCCGUGAAGAAAAUCAAAAAUCUCAGCUUCCCGCAAGCUGCUUUUAAAGAGUUUGAUGCUGGCAAAAGCAAAGGAGGCUUGGGAUCAAGAGCACAUCAAUAAUCAGGAGGAAAAAGAGCGAUACCUAAGUGAGAGGGUGCCACGUGUCAACACCCAUGGCCUGUCACUGACUGCCUUACAGGAACUAUGCAGGGAAUUGUAUGAGAAGGUUGGUAUUGUGGACGAAGAGCGAUAUGACAUUGAGGCAAAAGUCCUUCACAACACUCGUGAGAUACAGGACCUGAAGAUGAAGGUGCUAGAUCUGCGUGGGAAGUUUAAGAGGCCAGCUUUGCGCAGGGUACGGGUUUCUGCAGACGCCAUGCUCCGUGCUCUACUAGGCUCAAAACACAAGGUGUCUAUGGAUCUGCGUGCCAACCUGAAAUCUGUCAAGAAGGAAGACACUGAGAAGGAGCGUCCAGUUGAAGUCAGUGACUGGAGGAAGAAUGUGGAGGCAAUGUCUGGUAUGGAGGGCAGGAAGAAGAUGUUUGAUGCAGCAAAGUCACCCACAGGACAAUGAAGAGGACCAUAGAAGACAGUUGUCACCGCUUUCCUUGCUGUUUCUUCAUUUGCUUCACGAAAUCCUCUUCCUUUUCCAGUAACUCAAUGUUUCUUUCUUCUAUAUUGCCACAUUUUACUCUGCGCAGUCAUGUCACCAUACAAUGAUAACAUCAA